AUGGGCGGGCCUUGCAAGAACCCUACCCUCGCCGCCCUCCAGAGCCGCAGCCGUUUCUGCGAGGGCUCCAUGAACGACCGCGCCUCGUUUGCGCCCCCUGUGCAGUUCCUCGGCCCCGACGCCCUCGCCGCCCUCGAGCAGCCCGUCCCUCUGCCCUGUCGCGGCGGCGACGAGCAGAAUCCCCCGCGCUGCCGCCCCAGCCACGACACGGGCAGCGGCGGCGGCGGCGGCGGCUUCUCGCAGACGUGGUCCCGCAAGACGGGCAGCCGGCUGUUUGGGCAGGUCUGGGAGGGCGUGCGCGGCAGGCUGCGUCUGCGCCGGGACGACGGCGAUGCGAAGAAGACGGCGACGACAAACACAACACCAGCCGCGGCCAUUUCGGCCGCGACGACGACAACGGCCGUGACGCAGACGAAUGCGGAGCACAUCAUCGCCAUCUACACGGACCCCGCCGAGCGAGACGGCCCGCCGGCCUCACGCACGCGCAGUCGACUCGCCGCGGAAACAGUGACAGCCGCCGCCACGCCCAUUAACAUUCCCCGCCCCUCCUCAUCCUCGGCUGCCACCACGGCCGCCGACUUUCAGUUCACCGGGUUCCAAUCCGCGCGGCCGUCGCGCGACGAGGUCCUCGCGAGCUACCAGCAGCUCAUGGCCGGAGGCUUCUUCCAAGCGCACGCCAUCCAGUCGAGUCGGCACGGCCUCGGACGGCCGACGGCGACGGUGGGCACCCGGCCGUCUACCUCACACGGCCCCCAACACCGGUCGCAGCCGCCGCCGCCGCCGCAGUGGCCGCUCGGCACGCCCCGUCAGGAACCGGUGCAGUCCCCCAAGAGCGUGUCCUCGCGCGGCACCAAGCGUGCGGCCGCGCCGGAUUCCGACUCGGACGAUGAGAGCAUGCCCGACGCCGACGACGCCGACGAGCAGCACGCUGGCGUCCACGACAAGGAGAACCAGGCCCCGGCGCACCCCAACACCGUCCACGACGACGGCAACAGGCAGCCCAAGAAGCGCCUCCGCCGCCUGGCCUCUGGAGAGAGCCUCUUUGUGCCCAAGACGCGCACCGUCUCGUCCUCGUCCCGGCGAAGCCUCUCCUCCUCUGUCCCGCCACCACCGACCAAGAAGCUCCAGAAACGCCGCCCCCAGCUGCAGCCGCGCCCCCGCCACGUUAGCGACGGUGGCGGGAGCGCGCGCGUGCUCCGUGGCCGCCCGGCUGAGGAGCACCGCUCCAUGCGCGUCGUGCCCGACGAGGGGCGCGGCAUCCCCAGCGUGCCUGUUAUUCCGGCGCGCUUCACGUACGGGGAGGAUCGGGAGAGCAAUGGUCCCUGGAGGGGCUUGAGAGUGCGUUGA